AUGCGGAAGCGUGAAGUGGAGAUUGUGGCCCCGUCUACGGAGAAGUAUGCAACCUAUCCCGUUGCCCCACCCACAAAGGGACAACAACAACAAAAACAAUCCAAACAACAACAAAAACAGAAAAAACAACAACAACCACCACUACCAGAAGAACCACAAAAUCAACGACAACUCAUAUUGGCUCCUAUUAAACCGCCUGUACGCCGCAGUGUAGAUGCGGUGGGAUCGCAACAACACACAUCCCGACGACGGCCGCCGCUCAUCACACAAUCCCAACGGGAUGCGUUGACCGUCUCGGCCUUUGGCUUCGGCACCACCCGCCACGGCCCGCCCGACAGAAGCGCCUCCUCCAUCACCGGCGAGUUCACAACAGCGGCGACCACCACAACAGGAACCGCAACGGGCGGCGGGGUCGGAGUGGUGCUCGCCCAGCGGGAAAAAGAUUCCCUGCGGUUUCAUCUCUGUGUAGAUGCGCUGGCCGAUGGCUGUGUGGCCACUUAUAUUCAUCUCUUUCAACUUGCCCACCGUCCGCCGGUGUGUGUAGAUCCACUCGCCCAAACACACUUUACCAUUCCAGAUGAUCGGCUGCGGUGGGUGCGGGAACAACUCUCCGCAGUGGAAGUACUGCGACGCCAAAGUGAAUUCCGCGAUGCCGUUAAUUGUUGUUACACUCUCGCGGAUUACUUUGAAAGUGAACGCGAUCACGAAGAGGCGGCGUGGCAUUAUGAGACCGCAUUGCGAUAUGCGAUGGAGUCUCUUGAGCGACCACUGGAGCAGGAAGUGCGGGAGACCUACGCUGCCUUCUUUGAGCGACGUAAACAAUACCGAAAGGCCCUUGCUCUUUAUGAAGUGAUGUAUAAACUCGCUAUUGCUAUUGAAGAUGAGAAGACGGCAAAUGCUGCCAGUUUUCACAUGAUGCGUACAUGCCGAGCUCUCGCAGAAGAGAUGAUGCAGACAAAUCCAGAGGAGGCUAGACGCUUUUUAGAGAGAGCCCUUAGUAUUUCCCGUCGUGUGGGUAGUGGUGAGAAUGAGGCGGCCUGUUGUUAUUCCCUCGGUAUCUUGUGUGAACAGUUGGGAGAUUUGCCAGGAGCACUGCGAUAUCAACAGGCCUUUUACGAAGUAUCCCGGCGAGAGAAACUCACGGAGGAUGAGAAAACAGCGGCUCUUGUUGUAGCGGGAUUACAGGAGCGUAUGCAUAUGGGGCCAGAGGCGAUGGAAUCUCUACAACGGGCCUUAUCUCUAGCAAGAGAGGUUGGGGAUUUGGAGGGUGUUUGUCGGGCCACCAUGCAACUCGGUCAGGCGUAUAAAAGCAGUGGAGAAGAGGAAAAGGCAUUAGAGUAUUUUAGACAAAACUUUGAAACCGCACGUCAACAGAAUAAUCAAGAUUUAGAGGAUCAGGCACGAGUAGCAUUAGGAUUUGCCCUAGGAGAAUACUAUUACACACAUGCAGGGAAUGGUCGUGGUUAUGUACCUAUUGUUUGUUAUGAUAUUAAAGCACAAUUAGAAUGGAUGAGUAAUGGUGUACUGUAA